AUGUCGGCAAUUUCUAUCGAUGAGCAAAUUAAUAAAAUUCUUGCCAGAAAAAUGUAUGAUUAUGAGCAAGAUAUUUGUAAAUGCUCUUUCAAUUGUAAGGUGAGGAUUACUACUAAUAAUAAGUGUUUAUGUCUCUGUAUGUUUUUUUUCUACUGUGAUCGGUUUUGGGGUGAGCGGACGGGGGAUACCACAACAAGGUCAUUGAGGAGUGUGGGUUGCGCAAGGUGUUUUAUGCAUGUUUAUUUUUUUUCUCUGUUACCGAUCUCGUUGUUUUUCUUGGUUUUGGUUUUUUCGAUUUUUAUUCUAGGUUUAUCUGAAACCAAUACUUUUCUUUUAAAUAGUAAUAAAAAUAAAAAUAUAUAAGUCAAAGUACGAAUGAAGAAAAAGAAAUGAAAAUCCUUUUCGAAAUCCGAAAUGACGGCAUUUGUUUUUUCGCUCAUUCACUCAUUUUUUCCAUUCAUUCAUUUCAUUUAUUCACUCAUAAGGAAAACAAACAGGAAAACAAAUUUUUUAGCUGGUCAAAAAAAAUGUUUCUAUUAAUAAUACCAGUCUGGUCACUUCACUUUUAUAAGUAAAUAGGAUGGAACCAGUUAUUUUUUCUCCAAAUAUUUUCUUUUCACUCCUUGAUUUUUUUGAACACCUUCCACAAUAAUUUUCAUAUCAUGAAAUUGUUUGAUUUCAGACAGUACGAAUGUAUCAAUCACAUAUACCGGCUCCGCCGCAAUUUGCAACCUCAACAAACAAUUCCACAACAACAACAGCAGCAACAGCAAUACCAUCAAAAUUAUGUUGGUCAACAGGCUCAAUAUCAACAAAUGAAUAGUAACAAUAUGGUUGGCGGUGGCGGACAAAUGGGAAAUGGUCCAAUGCAGCACCAUCCACAUCAAUCACAGCAUCAACAACAAACAUCAAUGCGUAUGGCGCAUCAUCAACAACAAACGUUAGUUUUUUUUUGAUUUUUGGGUGGUUUGUAGUGUUUAUUAGAGUUCCAGAAAUAUGACAGGAUAUAUUUGCAGAUUUUUUCUGAUUUUGUGUAGUUCUCAAGCUUGCAAUCAAAAAAAUUAAAUAUUAAUCUUUUUUGUCAUCCUUUUAAAGAUUUAGAUUCUGAAUUUCCGAUUUUAUUCUUGCAAAAUUUGUUUUACAGAUUUCACAAUAAAAUGUUCCCACUUAAAAAAAAUCUGAAAGUCCUAGGGUUCUGUGAAAUUUGGGUAUUUGUCAGACUUCAAUUUCCACAUGCAAAUUUCACAAAUUUAUUCAAAAACGUCUCGGAUUUUUCUUCAUAAAACAAAGCCCAUAUUUCAUUUCCAUCUUGCGUAAUUCUGAUCUUCUCCUUGAACAAACAAUGAAAAUUGGUUCGAGAAUUUUGGCGCCACAAAUUGUUUUCAAAAAAUAUUGAACAAAGAAAUUAAAUUUCUAGGAUUUCCUCAAAAGUGGAAAUGAGAUUUAUGAGUUUUAAAAUUCUAUGAACAUGUAGAUGCAUGAAAAAGACCGGACAAGGGAAUUUCGAGCAUAGAUUUUAUUUCUAGAAUUUUCCCAAAAUUGAAGGUCAGAAAAAAGAAAUUUUGAGCAUAAAUUUCAUACUGGCUGGUAAUUAAAAAAAACAUUAUUUAUGAUUUUUUCAUUCAAGUUGUUCCAAAAAAUCAUUUAGAUCAUACAAUUUUGUACAAUUUUUUGUGAUAAGGUUAUAAAUACCUUGACGUGCUAUUUUUAGAAUGCACUUUUUCUUUUUUGUUAAUUUCUUUUAUCAACGAAUUUUUUAAAGCCAAAUUGAAAUAUUCAUGAAAUUGAAAAAACAAGGAGUACUUAUAAUUUGUUCUUCUGUAUAUUUGCUUAUAAUCAAAAAUGAUGAAACUUCUCAUAAGUCAACUCUCAAUUUCCAUUUCAAUUUCAAUUCCUGUUUUUGUUUCUGUGUUUUUAUCCAAAAGAGAGAUCAAUAUUCUUUCAUAUUAAAAGUUGUACAACAUACAUAGGAUUUGAAAUGAGGUCAUAAAUAAUAAUGAUAUUACUUUUAUGGAUCGAUGCUGUUAGCCUAAUUUAAAAUGUGAUUUGUAAAGUCACAAUAAAUUCUGAACGUUAUUUGAUCUUAUAUCAUUUUGUAUAUUGUUUUUCUGAAAUAUAUUUUCAGACAAACACAAAUCUUUAUUUCAUUCAUUUUUCAAAAAAAAACCUUCAUAAUUUUAAUGAAUCUAAAACUUGUGAUAAUAAUACCACGCACAGUUAUUUUUGUCAGUAAAGUUUCCAGUUUGAGAGAGGCUAACAAAUUAAAUAAAAACAAAUUAUUUACUUUGCGUGUAUGCUUCCGACAAAGUUGUUUGUUGGUAUUUUUGUUUUAUUUGAACAAAUUUUCAGUCAUAUUUUUGGAACACUAUUUUUUUCCCGCAAUUAUUUUUCAUUUUGACGAUUUUCUCAUGGAUCUAAUACAUAUGUAAUUAUCAACAAAACAGAAAAAACGAACACUUUCUUUCUUGAAUAUAUUUUUUCGUUUUUCAAACGAUCUCUCAUUUUUCUUACUCAACACACCAAAAAAACAAGGUCCACUUGUUUACUCAAAAAAAUUGAGAAGUUUUUAUAUUUUAUAUUUUUUUCUUACAGAAGCUCAUAUCAACAGCCAACUCCGAUGCAAAGAAUGAUGAAUCAAGCUGGAGGAGUUGGAAAUCUUAAUGCUCAACAACAGCAACAGCAACAAAAUGUUAAUAAAAGGCCCUGGGAUUAUUAUCAUCAACAGACGCAACCAACAGCUCAGGUAAGAUUAUCCCUCCUUGUUUUUUCCUUAUCAUUCAUAGAAAUUCUAAUCUUUUUCUUUUUAUUUUCAAAAUCAUAAUCGGAAAUUGGGGAAAAUAUUUUGAAAAAAGUCUGAUCAUCGGAACAAAUCUCAUGAUUUUAUUUUGAGAAAAUUUAAAAAAAAAUGUUGAUCAUGGUUCUAAGAAAAUGAGAUCAGCAGAAAGAAUCAGGUUUCUUUAUUGAGAGAAAAAUAUAAGUAUGGGGUUUUUUGUUAGGGAUGUUAGAAUCCAAGAUUCCUGAAAUGGUCUGAAACUGUGAUUUAGAAUUUGAAAUUAACCUGAACAUUAAAUAAUUUUUGUGCUUUGGGAUUUGAUGAUUUUUACAAUGCUUACAGUAUUAACCUUGAUAUAGGCUCCUAAUUCUCUCUCACUGUUCAGUGAAAUUUUAUCUUAUUUUGUGAAUUUACUUAUUUUGAAAAUUAUGAAAAGAUUCGCAAUAUGUGUUAUCAGUCUUAAUAGUAUCCUCAGUUCUCAAAACUCCCACAGAAAGGCUGUCGAUAUUUUCUCAUAUAUCAGAAAUCAAAAAUAAUUAAAAGAAUUCAAUUUUGACUACAGAAAUUUGUCAUCAACAAAAAUCAAAACUACAAAUUCAUCCGUUCGUUUCAUUCAUUCAUUCAUUCCACUGAUUAUCUUCUUCUCAUCUUUUUUCGAUUCUCAAAACAAAAAUAUUUUUGUUUACAUGAACAAUGUUUUAGUGUUAAUCAUUAAAAUAAUAUCAUUUCCUGUGUCAUCACACAAAAUUUUGAUUCACCAUUUAGUCAACUCAAUUUUCAUUUUGAAAAAAAGAGAAGAAAAAAAAAGAAAAAACAACAAAUCUCAUUCCCAUGCGUGACAUUUCAUAACUUUAACUUUCUCAUAUGACAUCACCCUUAAAAUUAUGGGAACACAUUUAACAAAUACAUAUAUACAAAAUGUUUUUUCUUUUUAUAUUUUUGUAUAUAUAUUGUUGUUAUUUUUAUUCUUUCUGAAUGUGAGGAUGUAUCCGGAAAAACUGAUUUUCUAUAUAUUACAGAUGAACAUGCAACAAACUGCACCAGUGCCAAAGACAACUGCAAAACGCAAGCGUUCACAAAAUAAGGCUGCACAACAACUUGAAGAGCCAAUGCCGAUUCAACAUUUUCAACCACCACCACCAUAUUCUUAUCAGCCGGUUAGUUCAUUUUCGAGUUAAGGGAAAUUGAAAUUCGAAACCUGUAGGCUCUUGGGAUAAACACAAUUUAAAUUUGCCAUUUUUUAAAUCCAUAUUUUGAGUUUUUAAUAGCUACAAAAUAUGUAUGUGAGUUAUUGAACGUGCUCUAUAAUUUAGUUAAGCUCAAAAUACUGGUUGAAAAUCGUCUGACUUUAAGAUAAAUUUUUAGAUUGACCUUUUUAUAAUUUAAUUAUUAUUUUGAAAAAAGUUUAAAAUUCUUUGAAAUAUUGAGAAUCAUUAUUUCAACAUUUUUUAUUCCAUAUUUUGAAAAUCCCAAAUUUUGGUGUGACCUUUCCGUUUUCAAAAAAAAUCGGAAGUAAUUAUAUCUGAAUCCAUUUUGUUUCCAGUUGGAUGAAAAAACAAAGUACAUGUUUUUUUCGAAAUAGAAUUUAUCGUCAACUUUUCCUUCCUGCCAUUUUUUUCUGUAAACACCGGAUCUUUUCAAUUUCCGUUCAAGCACUGAAAGUGCUUUAGAUGAUAUUAAAAUUAUCGCCUUUUUUGUUUUAUAUGAUAUACAUAGACUUGACGUCAAUCAUUUUUUUUCUCUGCCUAAAUAUAUAAAUUUAAAUUAUUUUUGUUUUCAGCAACCUCAACAUCAGCAACAAGCUGCUCAACAAAUGAUGCCACAAACAAUGCAACAAAUGCAACAACCGCAACAACAGCAACCAAAUAAUCAACAAUAUUUAUCGGCUCCCAAUAAUUUCUCACCAAAUUCUGGAAAUGGACAAUACUGGAAUUCUCAACGACCUCCAUCAAGAUCGGAAAUUGUGAGAAUGGGACUUCGAAAUGCACUUCAAGCCAAACAGCAACAACAACAACGUGAUUUUGAGCAACAGCAACAUCAACGUAAGAAGGGAUCAAAACAAAGGGAGGGGCAUCUGGAUUGGGGGAGGGGUGUACUUUGUAUUGUCUUGUUUUGAAGUAAGGUUUCAAGAUGAAGGCGUUUUCUAUUUUCAACACAGUUUUUGUGAUUCCCGAAUAAUUUUAGGCCUUUUUUCAAAAUACACUUUUCAAUGAAAAAUGUUCUGUUUCCAAUUCAUGACACAUGACUGACUAGGUUACAUAUUGAUGACGAAAUUGUUGGUUAGAUAAUAAAACAUCAGUCUCUAUUUUAUUUUUUAUAAAAUCGAAAUCAAAAUCAUUCUGAUUCAUUUUUUUUCAAAUUUAUUUUUUUAUAGAAAACAAAUUAUUUUAAAUCUUUUGUAAUCUUGUAUGAGUCAAUAUUCGUCUCAAAUAUCUAGAAAAAAAAAACAAGAUUUCAACCAGUCUGUUUUCUUUUUUGAAUCCCUAAAUAUACACAUUUAAUUUUGAAAUGUGUCAUUAGGUCAUUGUGACACCUGCUAGGCUAGUAAAUUCGAGAAAAAUACAUUCAUUUUAGCGGGUGUAACGUACAUAAAUGUAUAAAUUUAUUGUUCAAUUGUACAAUUUUCUGACGUGUUCCCUUCAUUUUUCAUAUUCAUAUUCAUUUGUUCCCAUAGAAUUUUUAUUCAUUUUUUCUUAAAUCAACUUUGAGUUUAGAUUAGUUAAAUAUAAUGAAUGGGUGUUUAUAAUAAUUGGUUAUAUAUCCUUUAUAUUACCUCCUUCCUUCCGUUUUGCUCAAAUAUAUGUAUACAUACAUAUAUAAUUAGAACGGCUCAAGAACAAGCGCCGCCCAUUUUUUCACCCACCCUCCUUCCUUUCCCAUUUUCCCUUGAAAUAUGUAUAAAUGUUGUCCUUUUUACACCUCUCAAUUUUAUUUGUUUCAGAAAGAAUGCAAGCUGCUAAACAACAACAGCAAAUGCAUAAUCAUCAAGAAAUCCCACAAAUUCAAAUGAAUGGACAAAAUGUUCCACAACAACAACAACAAUCACAAAUGGUUCAACCACAACAAAUGUCAAUGGGUAAUGAUAUGAGCAAUAACUAUAAUAUGCCUCAACAACCUAUCAAUCAAAAUACACCCAUUUCAAGUGUUGCGAGUAGCAGUUCAGCGAGCUCGUCGAUCUUUGAUUUCUCAGAUGAUUUGAAUUUUAUUGAUAUUAAUGUAAGUUGAAACUGAAUAAUUUUGAAAGUGAGGUGUUAUAAAAAAAUAUUUUUCAGGAUGGAGAUAUCCCAGUUUCCUACGCCAAACUUGAACAAAAUCUUGCCUCACUUCAAGUUCAUGAUUUCCAACUUGCUGGAAGAUGUGGAGUAAGUUUCCUCACUAUCAAAUGUUAUUUUUUAUCCCUCAUAAUAUAAUUGUUUUCAGCAAUUUGAUAUGGAUAAUGAAAGUACUCGCAGUUUGGUCAUGCAACUUCUUCUACUCAAAUAA